GCGCGCGAUCCCGGUGAGUCGCCGCCGAGCGCCCCGAAGUGGCAGGCCUGGGGGUCCGGUUCUGUGAGCAGAGCCAUGGAGCAAGAGGAGGACGCCAGCCCAGAGGCGGGCUUCUGCCUGGCCACCCUUCGGUCCUGGGGUCUGCAGCUGACGCAGCAGCAUUCUCAGUCCACCUCGGUAACCACCUCACUGCCCCCGGCUAACGGGCGGGCCCCGGAAUCAGUGGCCUAUUGCACCCUUGGCUGCCCUGGGUCCUUUGUGUCCAGCCUGUGUUUGGGCUUGGGAGGGGCCUCAUGGUGCCUUGCUGACGGGUGCUCUAUCUGUGACCUCACCCAGCUGAUGGGUGUUGCAGCUGGAAUCCUCCUGGCCCUGGCCCUCAUUGGCAUGACCAUCUUUUUUGUGUCUAGAAGGGUUAACCGAUUCCGCCAAGUGCAGCCCACUCCUCAGCACAGGUUCCGGAAGAGAGACAAAGUGAUGUUCUCCGGCAGGAAGAUCACGAGGAGGGUGACUCGCGCUGCAGGCCCAGGCCUCCUGCCCCUCAGAGGUGACCACGCUCCCGCACGCGCUUGUGGGGAACACAGCUGCCCCCCGGCAGCGGGUGAGGAAGAGGACCAAGGUGCUGUCUUUGGCCAAGAGGAUCCUGCGUUUCAAGAAGGAAUACCCGACCCUGCAGCCAAAGGAGCCCCCGCCCUCCCUGCUGGAGGCCGACCUCACGGAGUUCGAUGUGGAGAAUUCUCACCUGCCGUCGGAAGUUUUGUACAUGCUGAAAAAUGUUCGGGCCACACCGCGCCGUACAAAACUGUGUCUGCCCGCGCUGCUGUCCCAUCCACCGUCCUCCGGCUUCCAGCUGUGGCUUUCCAAGGAGUUUUUGAGAAAUAUCCUGAAACCCUGGUGAGGGUGGUGCAGGGGCUUCCCCGCCCGCGAGGCCGAGGCAGGCUCAGCACGUGGAGACACAGCUGGCCCGUCUCUCUCCAGACGAUCGUGGUGCAGCUGCAGGGGGCCACCUUCCUGGCUCUGCACAACUACCUGGGCCUGACCACGGAGCUGUUCAACCCUGUGAGUCCAGGCCAUCCGCUUGUGUCUGUAGCCAGCGUGGCUGCUGGGAGGGCCAAGAGGCUGAUGUGCUGCAGCCUCGAGGAGCGGCUGGAGAGGCCCCCGCGGCCCCAGGAGCCCUGCGACCCAGCAGAUGGUGGCGGCAGCCGUGCAGCAGCCUCUGGGCCUCUGCCGAAGAGGAGGCCCUCCCCGCUGCCUUCUGUGCACGAAGAGGUCGUGGACAAGCUCAGCCAGGCCCAGGCAGGUGACCAGGCUGCUUCAGCUCCGCCAGGUCACCAGUUCGGGCUACAUGCUGUAGGCAGCAAGUGGGACUCGGGGAACCCUGCCAGCAACCUCUCCACGGCGGCCGUCAUGCCCGUGUCAGAGGGUGUGCCCCUCACCGCCUUCACCCUGGAGCUCAAGCACGCCCUCAGCGCCGCCGGCCCUGCCCUGCUGCUGACCGGCGCCAACACAAAACAGCGCCUUGGCUCUGCUGCUGUGGACAGUAUCCACGAGUACCGGCUGUCCAGCUGGCUGGGGCAGCAGGAGGACAUCCACUGGAUCGUGCUCUACCAGGCGGACAACACGCUCACACCCUGGACCCAGCGCUGUAUCCGGCAGGCCGACUGCAUCCUUAUCGUGGGCCUGGGCGAGCAAGAGCCCACGGUGGGCGAGCUGGAGCGGAUGCUGGAGACCUCGGCUGCGCGCGCCCAGAAGCAGCUGGUCCUGCUGCACCGGGAGGACGGGCCUGCACCGGCCCGCACUGUGGAGUGGUUCAACAUGCGGGGCUGGUGCUCCGGCCACCUGCACCUCUGCUGCCCUCGCCGCGUCUUCUCCAGGAGGGGCCUGCCCAAGCUGGUGGAGCUGUACGAGCGGGUCUGCCAGAGGCCCCCGGACCGGCACUCGGACUUCUCCCGCCUGGCGCAGGUGCUGACCGGCAACGCCAUCGCCUUGGUACUCGGGGGAGGGGGAGCGAGAGGCUGUGCCCGGGUCGGCAUCACCCGGGCCCUGACGGAGUGCGGCACCCCUGUGGACACGGUCAGAGGGACGUCCAUCGGGGCCUUCAUGGGCGCCCUGUACUCUGAGAAGCAGAACUACGGCCGGACACGGAUCCGGGCCAAGCAGUGGGCUGAGGAUGUGACGUCGAUGGUAAAGACCAUGCUGGACCUGACCUACCCCAUCACCUCCGUGUUCUCGGGGGCCGGCUUCAACAGCAGCAUCUGCAGCGUCUUCAAGGACAGGCAGAUCGAGGACCUGUGGAUCCCCCACUUCACCGUCACCACCGACGUCACAGCCUCUGCCAUGCGGGUCCACACAGACGGCUCCCUGUGGAGGUACGUGCAUGCCAGCAUGUCCCCGUCGGGCUACAUGCCCCCGCUCUGCGACCCCAAAGAUGGACGCCUGCCGAUGGACGGGGCUGCCACCUCCUCCCCAGCGGAUGUGGCCAGGUCAAUGGGGGCAAAGGUGGUGAUGGCCAUCGACGCGGGUGGCCGGGAUGAGACAGACCUCACCCACUACGGGGCUGUGCUCUCCGGGUGGUAGCUGCUGUGGAAGCGCUGGAACCCCUCGGCCACGAAGCAGGUGUUGAACAUGGUGGAGAUCCAGACGCGCCUGGCCUACGUGUGCUGCGUCCGGCAGCUGGAGACGGUGAAGAGCAGCAACUACUGCAAGUACCUGCGCCGCCCCCCCACCAUCGACGGCUACGGCACCCUGGACUUCAGCAAGUUCCACGAGAUCUGUGAGGUGGGGUACCAGCACGGCCGGACAGUGUUUGACAUCUGGGGUCGCAGUGGCGUGCUGGAGAAGAUGCUGCAGGAUCGGCAGGGGACGAGCAAGGUGAAGGCGUGCAACGUGAUGCUCACCUGCCCCAACGCCUCCUUCACGGACCUUGCUGAGAUCGUAUCACGUAUCAAGCCUGCCAAGGUGGCUGCCGCGGACGGUGAGUCUGACGACCAGACUGAACACGAGGAGGUGCUGCUGGGCGGCCCCAAGGACUUCCGGAGUGCCCCAGCCGGCCUGGGCUCCGACUCGGAGGACGAGCCCUCGCUUCGACAUCGGCCCUCCCGCCUGGCUUCCCCCGAACCAUCCCAGGACUCCUCACCCCCCCUGGCUCUCUGACCAAGACGGGCAGAGGUCUCUGCUCUGAUGCGUCCUGAAGCCAGCGCCUCCCGUGGGUGCGUUUCAGAGAACCGGCUCGCGCGGCUCGCGCAGCUCUUCCCCAGCCUGCCAGGGAGACCCUGCUGGGGCCCAGGGCCCUGCCGGCCGGUGUUGGAGUGGCUGGGGCCUCUCUGCACUGGCCGCUCCUGGUGGGGCACUGGGUCCUGGCGUCCCCUGCACACACAGCAGUCCUGGGGGGCUGUGUCGGCCCCUGUGGGCCCCCUGAGGCCUCUGAGAUGUCAGAGCCCCUGAUGUUUCUGCUUAGCCUGUCAAUAAAGGUAGAUCUGAUUGUG